AACCUUCACAAUGAAUGGAUUUUUCCCCCCGCUUGAAACAUUAAGAUAGGAUUUUUUUGUUGUUUUAUUUUGAUCUUCCUUUAGAAAACCCGGAAGACGUAUGGCCUACCGUGGGAUUUUGCCCCGUGGGCUUGAAACAGGGGCAGUAUGACGUGUCCAUCUUUGACCUGGGCGGGGGGGAGCACAUGCGUGGCAUGUGGAAGCACUACUUCGCAGAGUGUCACGGCGUGAUGUUUGUGGUGGACUCCAGCGACGGCCAGCGCAUGAAGGAAACCGAGGACACGCUGGCCAAGGUUCUGAGCCACCCCCUCAUCAAGGGGAAGCCGCUUCUCCUGUGCCGUAUUCUGCUGUGAUGACCGUUGGCAAGAAGGCCAUUGAGGAUGGACUGGAGUGGCUUCUGGAGUCUGUGGGCACAGCCUAUGACAACAUCAAUGGGCGCGUGCAGAAGGACACGGCCAAGCAGAGGGUGCAGGAGGAGAAGUUCAGGAGAGAGCGGGCAGAGAGGGUGCGCAAGGUUCGAGAGGAGAGGGAAAGGAGACAGCAGGAGGAGGCUGAGCGGGAAGAGGCUAAGACUGCAGAGCUGGAUCAGGGGGAGAAGGGCACCAUGGGAAACCCUGUCCAACCAUUUGGAGACUUCAUCCCAGAGAUGAAGACAAUGAAGAAGACAGAGAGCAAGAAGGACAGUGACCAAGACCACAGCCCAAAGAGGAAGAGGAAGCUGAGCUUCUGGAGGAAAAAUAAUAGAGUGGCACCUCUGACUCCAGAUGGCCCCGCCAAAACACGCGGCUGCCUCAAGAGCUGGUUUGGCUGGCUCAAGCACAAUGUGGUGACGCCACAGUGACAGGGCUCCUCCAAUCCCAGCCGCCAAACCCUCCCACCUUACCCCCCCAAGAGCUCUGCCAUA